AAACCGAUUUCCCCCUUUUUUCUUUAUUUUCUUCGUCCUCUUCGUCUCGACUCGCCGCCCAGUCACCUCAAAUCCCUUCGAUCCAAUCUCCAAACCCUAGGCAAUCCAACAUCAAAGUAUUAGCUGCCCCCUUCGUCAAACCGCGGCGGCGCGGCCAUGGCCCACGGCGGCGGCGCCGGGAAGGCGAAGGUGACGCCGAACCUGGCGGUGGACGGCGAGGGCACGCGCACGCUCAACCGCACUGUGCUGCAGCGCCUCGACCCGGCCGUUGAGGAUAUUCUCAUCACCGCGGCUCACGUCACGCUGUACGACUUUGACACCGAUGUCAACCAGUGGAGACGGAAGGACGUGGAGGGGUCGCUCUUCGUCGUCAAGAGGAAUGCUCAACCUAGAUUCCAGUUCAUUGUCAUGAACCGCAGGAAUACAGAUAAUCUAGUUGAAGAUCUCUUGGGAGAUUUUGAAUACCAACUCCAAGCUCCUUAUAUUAUGUACCGAAAUGCUGCUCAAGAAGUUAUAGGAAUUUGGUUUUACAACUCUCAGGAGUGUCAAGAAGUUGCAAAUCUUUUUAGCAGGAUUCUGAAUGCUUUCUCGAAGGUGCCACCAAAGCCGAAGAUUCCCCCUGUUCAAAGUGAAUUUGAAGAGGUGGAAGCAGCACCUGUGUUGGUUGAUGGCCCUCUAGAACCGCAAACGUCAAAUAUCAUGUCAACUACUACUCACAUUCAAGAGGAUCCUUUAUCUGCAUUUUUCAGUGCAGCUGCAAAUGCUGGUGGCAACUCUGCUGUAGCUGUUGCAAGGCAACCAAUUCAACUUUUUGGUGCUACUCCGGUGGCUACACAUGCAGCUACUAGUAUCACUACAAUACAAUCGCCAGGCUUGCAUUAUUUGCUUCCUUCACAAGCCUCAUCGGUUUCUGGGAUGCCUGCUGAUGCUCAUGGUUCUAUAGGAAGGUCCACAAACCUUGUAAAUCCAUCACUUUUCUCACCAUUGACGUCUUCACAGACAACAAUGGUGUGCACUAAUUCUGUAGUAGCAAUUGCUCCACCUCAACAUCCUCAGACUGCUCAGCAGCCGCAAAGUGCUCCCUUGCUUCAGCCUUUUCUAUUACCUACGGCUUCACCAUCUCCACCAUAUGGGACUCCAUUACUUCAACCAUUUCCGCCACCUAAUCCAUCGCCAUCUCUUGCGUCUGCACCAGUCUUGAGCCCAGCACUGUCUAGAGACAAAGUCCGAGAUGCAUUACUGAGACUUGUGGAGAACGAUGAAUUCAUAGAUUUAGUCUACGGCGAGAUCAUGAACAGACAGUAAUGGAUUUUCAAGGUACAGUCCUCUCCAUCAGGCUAGCUUGUGCUUGGACUCUGUCAUUAUCUGUUGUCUAGGCUAUUUCAAGUUAUCCUGUAAAUUCAUUGAUGAAAUCCUUCGGUUUGUGGAGCUUGUGCUAUUAAUGUACUUUUGACAUUUACAAAAUCUGUGCUGUGUUCGUGGUGCAGAAAAGUUUUGUUCUGAGUAU